AUGUCUGCCGACAACUCCAGCAACGCCAACAACUCCUCCACCCUCAAAUCCUACAUCGACUCUGCCACAGGCCUCGCCCAACGCGCCGUCGGUACCGUCACCGGUGACUCCUCUACUCACGCCGAAGGCGAAGCCACACAAUCCAAAGCCGCCAGCGAAAACGCCGCCAGCCACGAGACCGCCAAGCUCGGUCCCAUCACCGCGGACCCCUCCACGGGCGCCACCGCCUCCGACCACCCGCAACGCAGCACCGGCAGCUGGGACCAGACCCUCGGUUCGGCCAAGGAGUCCCUGGGCAACCUGAUUGGCAACGAGGGACUGCGCAAGUCCGGCCAGGAGCAGAAUGCGGCGGGCAAGCAGGCUGAGGCGGAAGGCCAGCUGAGGGAUCUGGGUGAGGGCGUUAAGGGCCGCGUGAAGGGUGGUCUCGGGCAGGUUGCGGCUGCCGCGACUGGUGAUCGCGAGGAGGAGCAGAAGUGGAGGGAUGUGCAUGAUGAGGGGAAGACCAAGCAGAGGGGCGUGGAGGCUGAUUUGGAUAAGAGGUACUAG